AUUUUAGCGGGUAGAUUGAUUAGUUGCGUUGUGUGCACCUAUGUGCAAGUAUUUCUUAGCCUAUUAUGUACUUUGUUUCGCCAUCUCUGUUUCUCCAUUACUAUCAGAAGAAAGCACCAAAUACAACCUUCUCAUCAAGGAACGUGCAGUUCUUGAUAAGUUGGAUGAUGCUGGAGUUAAUGUAUUUUCGAAGUCUGGUCAGAAGUUCUCUUGUUCAUGGGGUACAGACAGUGGCAUAAAACCUGAUAACUCCACUUCACAGCUGUCCAGCAGCGUCGUACAUUCCCUACUGUCCAUGUUUAGUGCGUUUGAUUGUCUAAGAGUGAAAAAAGGUUGGUGGACAUACGAGUUUUGUUACCGAAAGUAUGUCGCCCAGUAUCAUGACGAAUCUAAGGAAACAUCUAAGACGUAUCUCGGACUUUUCGAGUCGGAAUUUGACUGGGACAAUUCUUCAGAGAAACCCAAAUACCAUAGCCAGUUUUAUUCGAAUGGAAGUAUUUGCGAUUUGACAAAUAUGCCUCGGAUAACAGAAGUGCAGUUUGUCUGUGCUGAUGCACGAACGUUUCAUAUUUUAUCUGUUGAAGAACCUGAAUCCUGUGUCUAUCUCUUAAAAAUAUCAACUCCGAGUUUAUGUGGAAACUCGCAUUUCACUUCUCAGUUUUCGACCAAGCCGCAUGAUAUUACCUGUCACCCGACUCUCAGCGGACCAGAUUUCUAUCGCUAUGAUGCUUUAAAUAAAGCAAGGGAUCCAAUUCUGAAGUCGUCUUUAGCUAAUAUAUCUCAAAGUUUCAGUUCGCCUUCGAAGCGUCUAUAUACCAACAAAAAUAUGUAUAAUAAAAUUCGUAACAACCGACGCAGGCGCAAAUUGAAAUUUCUAAGGCGCUCGACAGGAAUGUUCCUUAGAUCUUUGAAAAGAUUAUCAGUUCUCUACAAAAAGCAAAACCUUAAAUCUUCAUGGAGUUCCCAUCCUAUAUCUUUGUUACCCACAAAUACAGCCAGUUCAUAUAAGCUAUGGCUCCAUUUCGGUUCGCUUAGUAGUGACCUCUCAAAUUUUACAUCUGUUCUAUUAAGGAGGAAUGGAAUAUCUCACCGUCAUGUCCCUUUGGAUAUUGUGAAAGUAGCCAUCAUUGUAACUAAGAGCGUUAUUAUGGAAGUAGAGGACUAUAGACAAUUGCUCAAUACGUUUCUUACUGCUCCUAUGCAAACAGUGGGAAUGAUUCAUCUAUUUAAUCUUAGUGAUGUCCACGAGUCUAUCAGUCGUAUUUGGCGUGAACUCUUUAGCUGUACAGAUCCUGAUGAGGCUCACACAAUGUUAUCCACAGUGAUCCAUGUUUAUAAAAAGCAUAACUUAGAUAUACCAACUGUUGAAGAUAUACCUUUAACCCGUCUACCUACCGAAUCGAGAAACAAUGCAAAAUCUGCAUACCUAAAGUAUAAGUUAGACUUCACAUUUUCAAGUAAUAAAGGCAACAAUAUUGAAAUCUUACCGUACAAUGAGAAGGUGUUGGGUAAUCCUCUAAGUUAUGAAGAAUACUCGAAAUUGUUCGAUGUAAUUAAAAAAGUUGUAGACUUUACAGAUCUCUUCCUGGAGACUUCGAAAUUAUAUGUCAAGAUACUUUUCUUUCUUCACAAGAAAAUAGAGCUUAGUCAGAAUAUAGAAACCCGACUGAAACAAACGUUUUCCAAUAUACUUACUGAUUCAAAUGUCAAUGUUGUUGUGAUACAAGGUGGUAAUCGUAUUAUGAAAGAUAAAUAUAAUCAAGGUGAUGCAGAUCAAUGGGAUCGCGAUCUUUUGCCAUCUCUUAAACAACGGGAGAUCAUAGAGAUUAUGCAAAAAGUCGUAACUAACUUAGAUCCAGAAAUAUCGGACGAAGUGGAUAUAGUUGAAAAACCAGAAAAUCAAGGAGGUUUAUCUACGUAUUACAUUAUGGUCUUAAUGGGACACCUGGUUUGUGCACCUUUGGCAAUCCAUACAAUCUCGGCAGAUGGGUUCCCACAGGUUUAAUCAUUUCAUAUAAACCCGAUGAGAUAGCCUGUUGGUCCCUGAGCUUCUUCAAAGAUCUGCCUGGUGGACCUAGAAAGAAGGAAGAAAAACGUGUCAGGAAACUUGAACAAAAUUAUCACUUUACUUUCCACUGAAUAGAAGAAAUAUAGUAACAUUGAUUUAUGGCAUAAAAUUGUAUUUCAUCAGUAAUCUUUUAGUCACCUGUACUCUUUCAUUCUAUUUUUCUCAAUAUCUGUUUUUUCUGCAUAAUCUGUAAUAAUAUACUUCGAAAUAUGUUAAUAUUUACAUUUGUCGAGUCAGUUUUUUAAACUAUGUGCUACUGUUGCUGCUAACACAAUAUUUUUGUCAGUUAAUCUGAGUGUGGUUUUAUAUUCACUUAUUUUCUUUAAAAAAUUGUUUUUUUCUUUGUCAUACAAAUACGUUCUUCCUUCUUAAUGACCUUGUCAUAUUCGUCUCAGUUCCAUUCCCAAACUCGUCAAUCAUCACAACUCUUAAUUGGCCAUUUUCUUCAAGUAAUAUAUUCCUGUUGGUGUAUCUAUCAUUUAUGUGUGUAAAUAUGUACUAUCUCUGAAAUGUUAAGUUCAAUGUCCUUUUCUAAGAACUAUUUUUUUUUGGAAAACUUAAUCAGUAUACCGUUCAAGACAUUGUAUUUCUCAGUCGAGCAAUAAAGUAAAUUUACAUAUCUAAUC